ACAGUCAGGCAUCACCCACCGACACACGCACACAGGUGGGGGCUCACAGAGGGUCCUGCUGGUGCGGAUCUACCCAGGAAUGAACCAAACGCUCUCCUGAUUCACACUCGCCGUCGCUGAUAACGCUCAUAAACUGGCAUGAAAUCAGAGUAAAACGUGAGCAGAGUGGCAGCGUAAACCAGUCGUCGAGGCAUUAAGGAAACCGCAUGGAUUCUCAUAUUAGCUACUAAGACUUAUUCAGAUCAGGUGUAUUUACAUUCCUUGGAGUUUUUGGACAGAAAUCCUGCCAGGAAGGUGCCAUGAUGUCAGAAGAAUACCUGGUGGAGUGUAAGAUUGAUGACGACCAGGAAAGGCUGCAGCAAACCCCGCCCCCACCUCCACAAUUCUCCUCAAUCUCGAACCCACCCUACCUUUCUCAGUAUGAGACCAGAGACCCCUACAGCAUCAAUCAGCACCUGAAGGUAGAGUUCAGCGACGUUCUGGCAGAGCCAGCCUCCACUCGCAGUGCUGACCGUGUGUGGAUCUACAGCAGCAUCAGCUUUGAGACGGCCCGCAUCUGGAGCUACCGCUGCCUGUCUGCGCUCUUCGCCGUGCCCGUCUCGCUGCUAUCCGGCUGCCUGUUUGCCUGGCUCGCCUGCCUACACAUCUGGUGCGCCAUGCCCUGCGUCCAGCUGUGUAACACCUGCCUGCCCUGCCUUCGUUCCCUCUGGCUCAGCGUGGUCAACAUCUUCAUCACCCCCUUCUGCUCAUCUGUGUCUCGCUGCUGCAGCGGCCUCUAUGUCUCGCUCUCUAAGGACUGAGGGGGAGAGAAGGGAGGGAGGCCAGCUUCCCUCUGAAUCCUUACAGGGAGCUGGAGAGUGAUUAAUGGAGGUUAUCACAAACUUCAGCACAGCAGCCAAAAAUUGUGGACUGUAGUGGUAAAAGUAAUUUUCUUUAACUACCCAUAAUCCACCAGGUGAAAAAUUCUGAAUUACUCAGUUUCCCAACCCAGUCCUCAGGAACCUCCAGACAGUCCAUGUUUUGCUCCCUCCCAGCUUUCGGUAGCAAAAAUGUGGACUGUCUGGCAGGGAGCAAAAACGGACUGUCUGGCAGGGAGCAAAAACGGACUGUCUGGAGGUUCCUGAGGACCAGGUUGGGAAUCACCGAUCUAGAUCACCAUCUGGAGCAUCAUGUUUCUAGAUACUCUCUAUGAAAAAUUAACUGGAAUAAUUUUAUAUUCAUGUGUGGAUCUUGAAAGACUGUUUAACACAGUUUUGUACAUCAAGAACCAUGGUGAAAAAUCAGGCAGUGAGGUUAUUGGUGGCUUGAAUGCCAAAGAGUUUGUUUUGUUUUUCUGGCACAAAAAAUAAUGUACUUUCAUUAUCCACCCAUCCAUAUAUGUUUAUGAACGGUUCACAAUAUAUAUCUCUAAUGGCUGUCUCAUAUCUAGGCCUUAUAUUGUAAUUGUAAUAUUUUUACAGCAGCAUACAAAUAAAUGUUCACUAGUUCUGUCAAGAACAUUAUAUGUAAAGUAAUACUGACAAUUUUUCAAAAUGAAAUAAUAAAUGCAACCAUGCAACCUUGU